AUGGACUCAGGCAACCACACUGAGUUUGUUCUUGAAGGGUUAGCAGAGACCAGGGAACUGCAAGUCUUGCUCUGUGUCCUCCUCUUGAUCUUCUACCUCAUCAUUCUUCCUGGAAACAUUCUCAUCAUUGUGACUAUUUGGAAAGACCCCCGAUUAGGAGCUCCCAUGUUUUUCUUCUUGGCCAAUCUGGCUUUGAUGGACAUUUGCUACAGCUGUGUCGCCCCUCCAAAGUUGAUAGUCAACCUCUUCUCUGGAUGCCAAACUAUCUCAUUCAAAGGUUGCCUGACACAGAUUUUUUUCAUCCACUUUCUAGGUGGAGCUGAGGUCAGUCUCCUUAUGUCCAUGGCAUUUGAUCGGUUUGUGGCUAUCUAUUUUCCAUUGCAUUAUGUAACUAUAAUCACCAAGCCAGCUUGCUGGGCUUUAGUGGUGACUGCAUGGGCUGGAGGAUUCAUGCAUUCCAUAACCCAGGUCAUUCUCAUCCGCCCACUCCCUUUUUGUGGUCCCAAUAAACUGGACAACUACUUCUGUGAUGUCACCCAAAUAAUCAGGUUGGCUUGCACCAACACCUACAGUCUAGAAUUUGUUAUGUUUAUCAACAGUGGCCUUACAACUGCUGGAUGCUUCAUCCUCCUUCUCAUUUCCUAUGGGGCACUGCUGAUCAAAGUGAGGACAAGUGCCAGCCAAGGGAAAAGCAAAGCAUCUUCUACUUGCAUCACUCACAUCAUCAUUGUUUUCAUCAUGUUUGGUCCAGCCAUUUACCUCUACUGUCACCCCUUCUAUGACUUUCCCUUUGACAAAAUGGUGGGCUUUCUCCACAUUGUGGUUUUCCCUUUGAUGAAUCCUAUGAUUUACACACUGAGGAAUAAGGAAGUCAAGAUUGCCAUGUGGAGACUGUUGAAGAACUGCAACAUUCAAUGGGAGAAGUAA